UUCCUUUUCUUUUUGCUUAUGAAGACAGUGAGUGAGUAACUAAAGAAAUGGAUGGUAUACCAAACAAAUUCAGCACCAAACGCAAAAGCGAUUCAAGAUCUGAAAUACCAUUUGCACAUUUCGGCACCAGGAUAUAAAGACUGUUGUCCCCAAGUUCAGACACACAGUAAUUCCAUACGAAAAGCAAAUGGGUUUUCUUUAUAGGCUUCACCUUCUUCUCCUUGUCCUCCUCCAUGCCAUUCUCCUGCUUCCUAAUCAGGUCCAAUCUCAAGAUGCGAGUCUACUUCAAGGCUUAAACAGUUACCGAGCAUCCCUAAGCCUGAGCACACUAACCGACAGCAGCAAUGCUGAUUGUUUUGCCAAACAAGUAGCAACCCAGUUCAAGGGCCAGCCGUGUUCAAACACUACCGGAGCAGACACUAUCCCGGGCACUGAGGCUCAGUUUGCCAACUACCCAGACCUACUUACCGGAUGCCACCUUAACAUCACUGACACCAAAGAUGGGCAAAUUAUGCCCGUUUGCGUUCCCAACUUGGUCCCAAGCCUUGUGCUCACGAACUAUACAGAGACUCAGUACAACCAGUAUCUCAAUGAAAGCUCUUUCACAGGAGCUGGGAUUGGUUCAUAUGGCAAUUGGAUUGUGGUUGUCUUAAGCACAAACACCGUUGGAGGGGACUUUGCUACCGCGGAGAACAGCAAAGCAAGUUUGUUUUCUAUUAUUGGGUUGGCACAAAACUUGUUUCCUUGGUUGUUGGGUUUCAUUCUUUACCUGUGAACCAAGGUUUGUAUGUUCAAAGCAUUGAUUCUUUUCCCCUAAUUUCUGAUAGUUUUUGGUUGAUGACAGACUCACAUGCUGCUUAAAACCUUUUGAGAAUGGAUAAUUGUAUGAGAUCAGACUCUGAGAAUAUGAAUUUGCUUUCCUGUU